CAGAUCCUGAGGAUGAGGUUUAAUACAGUUCUGUGUGUUGUUGGCGUCUUACUUCUCAAUCUAGCAGGAUCUUUUUGUCAGCUAGAUGUGUGUGGUCGAGCUCCCUUUAACACAAAGAUUUAUGGAGGGAGCGAUGCAACUGAAGGGUCUUGGCCCUGGCACGUGGGCAUUACCUCAACUGGAGAACCAUUUUCUGUGUGUGGUGGGAGUCUCAUUAAUAAAGACUGGGUUUUGUCUUCAGCUUUCUGCAUCAAUAUAAUGGACACAUCAGUAGAUCAGAUUGUGAUCUACUUGGGACGUCGGAGCCAGUUCGACCCAAACCCACAUGAGAUAACCAGAACAGUAAUUAAUGUCAUCAGUCAUCCUGACUUUAACCCAAGCACUUAUGACAAUGGCAUAGCGCUGUUUCAGCUCUCGUCUUCUGUGAAUUUCACCGAUUAUAUUCGACCGGUCUGUCUGGCUGCUGCUGGUAGUGUAUUUGAUGAAGGACUUUCAAGUUGGGCCACAGGAUGGGGGUAUACGAAUAAUAGCACACAUCCUAAAAUAUUGCAGGAGGUGGAGAUUCCAAUUCUGAGCAACCAGAACUGCAGUAUUGCCUAUAAUGGAAGUGUCAAUAUCACAGACAACAUGAUGUGUGCUGGACAGUUCAAUAAUGUUUUUAAAGGCACAUGUUUGGGUGAUGAAGGAGGACCACUGGUCAGUAAGCAGGGAUCACGGUGGAUUCAGACUGGAAUUACGAUUAUGACUUAUAACUGCAUGUUUCCCAGUGUGUUCACCAGAGUCUCUCAAUAUCAAGACUGGAUCAACUCUCACAUAUCCAACGAAAAGCCUGGAUUUGUUACAGUCCCCUAUUCCACUCCAACUCCUGAUCCCAAACCUGAUCCCAAUCCCACUCCUUAUAUUCCUGAUAUCUUCAAUGGAAGUUCAUCCAGUCUUCAGUUAUUUCCUCUUUCCCUCACAUUCUUCAUCUUCUCUCUCAUCUUCUGUCUCUUUAUUUAAAGGUUAAGUUACAAAUAUUGGUUGUGGUUUUUUGAUGAAGAUAAACCAUAGAUAAGGACAAGGGCAGAUUGAUUUGAUUUUAGUUUGUUUUAUUUUCAUUUUUAAGAAAAAAAGUUUAGUUUAUUUUAAUGGAAACUUUGUGGUUAAAAUUCUGGGUUAAUCAAGAUGUGUAUCAUAAGAAAAUACUGACUCGUGUAUUUGAUAUGUGAUCUAAAUUUAAGUAACAACUCUGUAGCUGCCUUUGAGAAAACCCAUUUCUUCUGCCAUUACCUGAUUUUCUAAUAUAGGACUUACUAUCUUUCAUUAUUUUCCUUUUUUCUUUAUCUGUACAUUCUUACAAAAAAUCUAAUCAACCCUUAGCUAUGUUUACUGUUUUAGACUUGAUGAGACUAUGUCCAGUGCACUUAUGUAUUGCUUUUCUUGUGUUGCUAUAAUUAUUUGUAAGUCGCUUUGGACAAAAGCAUCUGCUAAAUGAUUAAAUGUAAUGUAAACAAAACUCAAACUGUAAUACCUCUUAUAAAUAAACUCUUAUCUCC